AUGCGUUACCAUGGCUUUGUCGGAACUCUAUACGAAGAAAUACAAAUUCAUGCAUUCAUUAAUUUGCUCCUUCAGUACAACAGAGUGUGGAUACCGGAUGCAGAGCAUGUCUGGAAGUCAGCAGAGAUACUGAGAGACUUCAAACCUGGAGAUGAGGCUUUAGAACUGCAGCUUGACGAUGGCACUGAGAUGGUGUACCCCCUGGACAAAUCCAGUCCUCAGCUCCCUCACCUCCGCAACCCGGAUAUCCUGGUGGGAGAGAAUGAUCUGACAGCUCUCAGCUAUCUCCACGAGCCUGCCGUACUACACAAUCUCAAAGUGCGCUUCGUGGAGUCCAACAUUAUCUACAGCUACUGUGGAAUCAUCCUGGUGGCUGUUAACCCAUACAAGCAGCUUCACAUCUAUGGAGAUGCAGUCAUUCAGGCGUACUCUGGACAGAAGAUGGGAGCUAUGGAUCCUCACAUAUUCGCUGUGGCAGAGGAGGCUUACAAACAGAUGGCCAGGAACAAUAAGAACCAGUCUGUUAUAGUGAGUGGUGAGUCUGGAGCCGACAAGACCGUGUCUGCUAGGUAUGUCAUGAGGUACAUCGCUAUGGUCAGCAAGUCUAGCAGCAAAACACACGUGGAAGACAAAGUUCUGGCAUCCAACCCAAUAACUGAGGCUAUUGGAAAUGCCAAGACGGCCAGGAACGACAACAGCAGUCGCUUUGGGAAGUACACAGAGAUCAGCUUCGACAGGAGAUAUCAGAUCAUCGGUGCCAACAUGAGGACGUAUCUCAUGGAGAAAUCUAGAGUGGUUUCCCAGUCAGAGAACGAGAGAAACUACCAUAUCUUCUACCAGAUGUGUGCCUGUGCAGAGCAGUCUGAGUUCAAGAGCCUGAGAUUGUUGAGUGCAGAUGAGUUCAGGUACACCUGCAUGGGCGGGGAGACGGGUAUCGAGGGGGUGGACGACAGGAAGGACAUGGAAGAGACACGCAGGACCUUCUCGCUGUUGGGGUUAACGGAGGACUUCCAGUCGGAUGUGUUCAAGGUGCUGGCUGGGAUUCUACACCUGGGGAAUGUGGAGAUCAGAAACGUUGGAUCAGACAGAUCAUCAGUUAGUUCCAGUGAUCAACACCUAGCUGCUUUCUGUGACCUUCUCGGGGUCAGUCCUGAUGGUGUUACCCGUUGGCUGUGCCAUCGCAGGAUAGCCAUGGUGGCAGAGACGGUGGUGAAGCCGGUGCCCAGUGAACGCGCUGUGAACUCCAGAGAUGCCCUCGCCAAGCAGAUCUAUGCCCACCUGUUCGACUGCGUCAUCCAGAAGAUCAAUGCAGCCCUGCAGGUGCCAGGGAAACAGCACUCCUUCAUAGGAGUACUGGACAUCUAUGGGUUUGAAACAUUUGAUGAACAGUUUUGCAUCAACUAUGCCAAUGAGAAGCUUCAGCAAGAGUUUAUGAAACAGAACUCUCCGCGUCAGAAGAAGAACUGCUUGCAGAACUUUGACUUGUCUGAACAUAGACAGAUCUUCAGUGAUCUGGCCAUCCGUAUCUACCACCAGUUUAUAUCUGUUAUGGAGAAGGCUCUUAUGCCUAUGAUCGUUCCCUGUAUGCUGGAGCACGAGAGUCUCCAGGACAUCUCUAGUAUGAAGCCUACAGGUUUCCGUAAGCGUUCCAGCAGCAUCUAUGAGGACCAGGAGGUCUGCACCAUCUACUCUCUCCUCCAGCAGCUCAGUCUGUACCACAGCACUAUGAGUCAGCACGGCAUGGAGGAGGGGCUGGUCAGACAGGCUGUGAAACAGACCUUCUUCCUGGUGGGUGCGGACACACUCAACAACCUCCUGCUACGCAAAGACAUGUGCUCCUGUAGGAAGGGCAUGCAGAUCAGGUGUAACAUAAGUCACCUGGAGGCGUGGCUAAAGGAGAAGGACCUAGUGCAGGGUACCAUGGCUACUCUGAAGCCUCUGUGUCAGGCUGCCUGGCUGCUGCAGGUCAACAAGACCACUGAUGACGACAUCAAAGACAUCACAGAGCAAUGCUCAGAACUCAGCCCUGUACAGAUUGUCAAGAUUUUGAACUCUUACACGCCCACUGAUGAUUUUGAGAAAAGGGUGGCACCGUUGUUCGUCCGCAAAAUUCAGGGCUUGCUCCAAGACCGUGAGGGGGGAUCCUCCCAGCUGAUGCUGGAUACCCAGUAUCGUUUCCAAGUAACCUUCCCCUUCACCCUGUCCUCUCAGGCCCUGGAGCUACUGGAGAUACCAUCCAGCCUCAGACUGGGCUUCCUCACCAGGAUCUAACCUCUAACCCCUGACCUCUGACCCCUUCACCGUGUCCUCUCAGGCCCUGGAGCUACUGGAGAUACCAUCCAGCCUCAGACUGGACUUCCUCACCAGGAUCUAACCUCUAACCCCUGACCUCUGACCCCUUCACCCUGUCCUCUCAGGCCCUGGAGCUACUGCAGAUACCAUCCAGCCUCAGACUGGGCUUCCUCACCAGGAUCUAACCCCUGACCUCUGACCCAUUCACCCCGUCCUCUCAGGCCCUGGAGCUACUGGAGAUACCAUCUAGCCUCAGACUGGGCUUCCUCACCAGGAUCUAACCCCUGAUCUCUGACCCAUUCACCCCGUCCUCUCAGGCCCUGGAGCUACUGCAGAUACCAUCCUGCCUCAGACUGUGCUUCCUCACCAGGAUCUAACCUCUGACCCCUGACUAGAGAAGCGGUCCAGUAACCUAAAGGUGGCUGGUUUUUAAUCCCAGUGAUGACAGGGGAAAAGCUGUCAGAAGAGGAAGUUGCCGCUUUCUACUAGAGUCUCAGGUGGCUCCGACUGCCAUUGUGUCCUUGAGCAAGGCACUCCUAACCAAUCAAUCAAUCAAUCAAUCAAUCAAAUGUAUUUAUGAAGCUCUUCUUACAUCAGCCGAUGUCACAAAGUGCUGUACAGAAACCCAGUCUAAAACCACAAACAGCAAAAGCAAUGCAGAUGUAGAAGCACAUUGGCUCCAGGGACGCUGCUCUAAAACCAACCUUUUACAAUCAUCACAGUAAUUAUGAAUCCAAAUAACCAAAGAUCCUUUUAAACGAAUGCGUGUUUUGAUUUACACUUGUCAUACAGUUUGAUAGAAAUAUUAAGAUGACUCCUGACGAAUGUCCGAUGUACAGCAAAAAUGCAGAUGCUGUUGCGGAGUGAUUUUUCUACUGCUCGGCAGUAUAACGAGAAACCUUACUUUCUCAGUUCAGAUGAGAUGACGAAUGUGAACCGUGUUGCUUUUUAAAAUAUUGUCUGUGUAAAUUGAGAAUGUGACCACUCAAUGUUAUUGAGUAUCAUGCACAGUAAAUAAAUAAAACAUGGCUUGUUUUUUGUUUUUAAGAUACUUUUGGGGGGGGGUUAUACCACAUAUAAGUAUUUCAUAUUUAAAUUAUAAAAAACAUGUGCCUAAAAUUAAUUAUAUGAAUAAAGUAUUUUAUUAGUUGAUAAUGAUUCUAUUUGUAAGGGAUUUUUUUUUUUUACACAACUACAAAUGUAUUAUACAAGAGCACUUUAGAUCUGCAAAUGAUACAGUAGGACCAGGGUUAGUCCAAACCUCUUUCUGAUACAGUAGGACCAGGGUUAGUCCAAACCUCUUUCUGAUACAGUAGGACCAGGGUUAGUCCAAACCUCUUUUUGAUACAGUAGGACCAGGGUUGGUCCAAACCUCUCUUUGAUACUGUAGGACCAGGGUUAGUCCAAACCUCUUUUUGAUACAGUAGGACCAGGGUUAGUCCAAACCUCUUUUUGAUACAGUAGGACCAGGGUUAGUCCAAACCUCUUUUUGAUACAGUAGGACCAGGGUUAGUCCAAACCUCUUUUUGAUACAGUAGGACCAGGGUUAGUCCAAACCUCUCUUUCUGAUACAGUAGGACCAGGGUUAGUCCAAACCUCUUUCUGAUACAGUAGGUCCAGGGUUAGUCCAAACCUGUCUUUGAUACAGUAGGACCAGGGUUAGUCCAAACCUCUUUCUGAUACAGUAGGACCAGGGUUGGUCCAAACCUCUUUCUGAUACAGUAGGACCAUGGUUAGUCCAAACCUCUCUUUGAUACAGUAGGACCAGGGUUAGUCCAAACGUCUCUUUGAUACAGUAGGACCAGGGUUAGUCCAAACCUCUUUGAUACAGUAGGACCAGUGUUAGUCCAAACCUCUCUUUGAUACAG